AUGACUAGUCUGUAUCCCGGCCACGUUCCACUUUCGUUGGUUUCCCGAAUGCUACUCGGUGUAGGGUCGGCAGCAAUGGCGAUUACCGACCCCCGCCGAGGUGACAUGGUAGCCGCCAUGGGAGAAGCAACAGCGCUCGAAAGUGUUCUUGAGAAUAUUCGCCAACGAAUGGAAAGUGACGUAGUGGGCGCACGUCUCCUCAAAGAGCGCCCAAGGGUCAACAAUCAAACAGUGAAUCGUGAAUACCUUGAAUCGCUACCGGAUAACACAUUUGGAAAGCGAUAUGCCAACUUCUUGGCUGGCUUGAAGACGUCACCUGAUGCACGUCCUCCAGUCAAGUACGUCCAGAACGAGAAACAUCUUUAUGUGAUGCAACGAUAUCGUGAAACACAUGACUUCAAUCACGUCCUCCUUGAAAUGCCCACUCACAUGUUGGGAGAGGUAACCGUCAAGUACUUUGAAGGAAUUCAGUUUGGUCUACCUAUGUGCAUAACUGCCGGAAUAUUUGGAGCGGCACGCCUACGCAAGAAGUGGGUUACCUCCUCAGAGUGA